CGAUAAUGCAAAAAAAUAUCAUCAGAACUGUGGUAAACUGAAACUGCUAUUUGAAAUUUUAUCAAGCGAUGACUUGAAAAAGUUAUUUUUUCUGUUCUAUACAAAGUCAUACUACUGCACAAUGAAGGUUUUGCUUUUGAUAUCAUUCGCCUUGGCAGCCAUUUCUUCAACUCGAAGUUCAAAUUCGAGCGAGGCUCAUGACAUCACAACACUGCUAAAUAAUACCAUAGCAAAAACAUUCCACAAUAUAAAUUCAGUUACGAUCAACAAGUUAGUCCUUAGCAUAGAGAAUUUAAAAUCGUUCACUUUUGAAACAUACACCGACUGCGAAUUAGGACCUUUUGAGAACGAGUUCUAUUUCACUGGUAUCACCGUAACCCCGGUCAAAGUAGAAUCUGCCCACUUACGACAUGAAUUUUAUCGCAAUAGAAUGACCUUAUUCUUCACCUACCUAUCCAUUGAAAUGAAAGGAUACUUAGGAGCGACCCCAGAUACAGUUCACGUGGGUUUCGAGCGAUCUCUGGAUUUCAAAAACAUCUCCAUUUUCGUUAUAGCAGAACCUAUGCAAGGUUUCUCAAAAAACGAAUUCUCUACUUACAUUGAUUUCAUUCACUACGAUAGUUACGAAUCUAAUUACGUAUAUUCACCUUGGUUCCACGAAAACUUGACAACAGACACUCGAUACGAACUAGAAAGACAGAUCAAAAAUUUCCUACCUUCGUUAUUCGAGUCCAAUUUACGAAACAACGACAACUUUGUACAAACACUUCAUGCAACUUUUUGCCAUCAUCCUGAAGAAGAGAUCACGUCGCAAUAUCCCUCUUCAGAUAUUUUCAAAACGGAAAAUUACUUCUUUAUACCAAAUAUCACUUCUCUAGGUCGUACUUUGAGCAAUAUCACCAUCACUGGAAUGCACAAUUUUCAUAGUCACUCGUUCGCUGAAAAUUCCGGUCUAACUGACAGCACUCUGACGAUUCAAAAUAUUCGAGGAACCACUAAUUUACAUUACGAUGGUCAAAAUUUUACAAUUUUUCCAUUAUACUUUGAAGUGGAUCGCAUUUCGAUAACGGUUGAUCGAAAACAGCAAAGUAUCAAUGUGACCCCCUACAAUUACACGGUUAUUGACACUAAAAUGAAUGUCUCGUUGACGGAAUAUCAGUCGAAAUGGAUAAUGGAGGGAAUUCAAUUGGCGAUUGCGUCUUCGAUAAUGCCAUCAAUGAAAUAUCAAAGAAACGGAAAAGAAUCCACCAAUUCACUUGAAGAACACCCGAUUGUGAAAAUAAGCGCAAAAUUAUCUCAGCAAUUCGAAGGUCCCACGAUACAAAAACUGUACGAUACUUGGAAUAUAACGAUACCCGAAAGCUUCAAGGCAGACUCAAGUGUUGAAAUAGAAUCACACACUUACAAUAUUUCAAUUGAUGCUAAACCCACAGCAGCAUUGAAAUCGUAUCCAGAAUGGAUCAAAUGUGAUCUCUACGACGACUUAAAAAUACACUUCGGAACCUCUACUUGGCAUGGGAAAAUCCGCGUGCUCAAUACCACUCACGAAUUCAACGAAAUUGAUUUUGAAAUGGGUGAUGUUGACGUCGAUGUAUGCAAAGAAAAUAAUUCGCGAGCUUUUAAAUUGGAAUUAUUUUCGAGCUCCGAUGUAGGCCUACGAGUGCGGUUCCCAACAUCGUACAAUUUCACAUAUCACGAGCGAUUGGAGAUAGCACAAAAAGCGCAAAAAUUGUUUAUCUCAUUGAUUGAGAAAACAGUGUCCUGUUUCGCAGAACCACUGCUUUCUUUACCAUUGGACCACUGUACCGCACCAGUGAAAAUUUUCGAUGACUUUUUACCUUUCUACGCCGAUCACGAAUUACCUAUUCGUGUACCUGAUGGCAGAAUUGCAAACGAAUCCUUCGUAUCGGAUAUAAACAACGUGAUAAUCACAGAAUUGGCGAAACCAUUCACUGUUGAUGUCUCGAUUGACCAAUACCUUGUCAAUGGAAGCGUGAUCAUAUCGACAUACGUGGAUUUACAAUUGGAAUUGGCUGAAAUUCGGAUGAAUUUUAACAAUAAAAGAAUGAUGCCAUUUCAUGAGCUGCAUUUAACGCUGCAUGCUUUUCAGGUACGAAAUCACACAGAUAAUGCAGAGAUAGCAGUAUUUUUAAAUUCGUUUACGCGGGAAAAGCUUUAUACACAGGAUAAUAAAACGGUCUCUCUCUCUAUUGCGAAAAUCGAGUGGAUUAACACGAAAUUAGAACGUAAACUUGACGAAUAUUUCAAUAAUCCCACCAGUCUCGUUUUCUAAUUUAUUUUCAUUAUAAUUUACGUACGUGUAGGCAGGUAAUAUGUAAGUAUCUAAUAUUAUCAAUUUUGUACCAUUCAAAUAAAUAAAACUAUUUUUUUAUGCA